CCUCACUGCCCCGGCCAGUGUUUGAUCUGGGCUUGUAAAACUUGCAAGAGAAAGUCGGCCCCCACGGACAGACGCAAAGCAGCCACCCUGCGGGAGAGGAGGAGACUGAAGAAGAUCAACGAAGCCUUCGAGGCUCUGAAAAGGCGGACUGUGGCGAACCCCAACCAGAGGCUGCCCAAGGUGGAGAUCCUGAGGAGCGCCAUCAGCUACAUCGAGAGGCUGCAGGACCUCUUGCACAGGCUGGAU